GUCGCCGCAGUGGCUGCCGGGAUGCGCCGCAGCGAAUGGUCGCGCCGGGCGCCGCUCUGAGCGACCUUUCACCCGCGCCCAGCGGUCCGAGGCGGCGGCACAAGGCGGAAGCCAUGGCGGAGGCGGCGGCUGCAGCGGGUGGAACGGACGUGGGUGCGAGCUCCGGCUCUGCAGCGGACCGGGACCGGGACCCGGACCCAGACCGGGACCGCGCCGGGCGGAGGCUCCGGGUUCUCUCGGGCCAUCUGCUGGGCCGGCCCCAGGAGGCUGUGAGUACCAAUGAGUGCAAAGCGCGGAGAGCCGCGUCGGCGGCCACGGCGGCGCCCACUGCCACUCCCGCCGUGCAGGAGUCAGGCACCAUCCCCAAGAAGCGGCAAGAAGUUAUGAAAUGGAAUGGAUGGGGAUAUAAUGAUUCCAAGUUCUUCUUCAAUAAGAAAGGCCAAGUUGAGUUAACUGGGAAAAGGUACCCUCUUAGUGGUAUGAUUUUACCAACUUUUAAAGACUGGAUCCAAAAUACCCUUGGAGUAAAUCUGGAGCAUAAAACUACCUCUAAAGCAUCCUUAAACCCUAGUGAUACACCUCCUUCUAUUGUAAAUGAAGAUUUUCUUCGUGACCUUAAAGAGACUAAUAUUUCAUAUUCACAAGAAGCAGAUGAUCGAGUAUUUAGAGCUCAUGGUCAUUGUCUUCAUGAGAUAUUUUUGCUCAGGGAAGGAAUGUUUCAGCGAAUUCCUGAUAUAGUUUUAUGGCCAACAUGUCAUGAUGAUGUAGUUAAGAUUGUGAAUCUAGCGUGCAAAUAUAACCUUUGUAUCAUACCAAUUGGUGGAGGAACAAGUGUAUCAUAUGGCCUAAUGUGUCCUCCAGAUGAGACAAGAACAAUUAUUUCUUUGGAUACUUCACAAAUGAAUCGAAUCCUCUGGGUUGAUGAGAAUAAUCUGACAGCUCAUGUGGAGGCUGGUAUCACAGGACAAGAGUUGGAAAGACAGCUUAAAGAAAGUGGUUAUUGUACAGGUCAUGAACCAGAUUCACUGGAAUUUAGCACCGUGGGAGGAUGGGUUUCUACUCGGGCAUCGGGCAUGAAGAAGAAUAUCUAUGGCAAUAUUGAGGACCUGGUGGUUCAUAUAAAAAUGGUAACACCUAGAGGUAUAAUAGAAAAAAGCUGUCAAGGACCUCGUAUGUCAACAGGCCCUGAUAUCCAUCACUUCAUCAUGGGAUCUGAAGGAACUCUUGGUGUGAUAACAGAAGCUACAAUAAAAAUCAGACCAAUCCCUGAAUACCAAAAGUAUGGCUCAGUAGCUUUCCCUAAUUUUGAACAAGGAGUAGCCUGUUUAAGAGAAAUUGCAAAACAGAGAUGUGCUCCUGCAUCUAUCCGCCUCAUGGACAACCAACAGUUUCAGUUUGGUCAUGCUCUUAAACCUCAGGUUUCUUCUAUUUUCACAUCAUUUUUGGAUGGCUUAAAGAAAUUUUAUAUUACAAAGUUCAAAGGAUUUGAUCCAAAUCAGCUAACUGUCGCUACAUUACUAUUUGAGGGCGACCGUGAGAAGGUUCUUCAACAUGAAAAGCAAGUGUAUGACAUCGCUGCAAAAUUUGGUGGAUUGGCAGCUGGAGAAGAUAAUGGACAGAGAGGUUAUUUGCUGACCUAUGUCAUCGCAUACAUUCGAGACUUGGGCUUGGAAUACUAUGUAUUAGGAGAGUCUUUCGAGACUUCUGCUCCUUGGGACAGGGUUGUGGAUCUCUGCAGAAAUGUAAAAGAGCGAAUAACAAGGGAAUGCAAAGAGAAGGGUGUUCAGUUUGCUCCUCUUUCUACCUGCAGGGUGACGCAGACUUACGAUGCAGGUGCAUGUAUCUAUUUCUACUUUGCCUUUAACUACAGGGGAAUAAGUGACCCACUGACUGUGUUUGAACAAACAGAGGCAGCUGCUAGAGAAGAAAUCCUUGCUAAUGGAGGGAGCCUGUCGCAUCACCAUGGAGUGGGCAAGUUACGGAAGCAGUGGCUAAAGGAAAGUAUCUCUGAUGUUGGCUUUGGGAUGCUGAAGUCUGUCAAGGAGUAUGUGGACCCCAAUAACAUCUUUGGAAACAAAAACCUUUUAUAAAUCCAUUACUGUUGUUACAAAAAAAAAGUUACUUUUUCUUUUUUUUUUUUAAGUCUUCAACUAUGGUUAUACCAGUAAUCAAAUAUAUCAUGGACUGUAUUUCAGCAAAGUUUGUUUGUUGGUUGAAAAUAAGUUGUUAAUCAUUCUGUAUUUGUUUUGUUUCUAAAUCUAUGGAUUGACAGAUGGUAUUCCUAAAUCUCUCUCCUUAUAGGUGCAUCAGUUGAUCGCCAACUGGUUGUCAUUUCAAAUUUUAGUCAGGCAGCACAAGGCUGCUAGCUGUUAUUUCAAAGGAAGAUGCUGCCAGCUGCUCUGUAUUGAUGCCUCCCCUUGGGAACAAAGGCAGAUUUUGGUGUCAUCCACGGCUUAUCCAGCCUCUUUUUUAAAAGGGUGUUGCUGGGAAGCAGAUAUCUAGGGAAGGAUUCCGUUGCGGAGUGAUUACAAAUUCUAGUGUGAGUAGGCCAUUAAGGAGGGUACUCAGGAAAGAACAUAGGCAACCUGUUACUUAGGAUACCUUCAGUUCUGUGAGGUGCUUGGCCUACAUUUUUCUUUGAAAUGAGUAUAGCGUUUUAGACCUUAAGUCAGUCUAAAAAUUAUUGUUAGGGACAUGUUUUAGUUUUCCGUGUUUCUGUUUCUACUGGGGUAUGAAUUGUAUGUGUAUAACUGAGAAAAUCUCUUGUUAUAUCCUAGUUCCUUCAUCAUAUGUUGUAUAAGAAAAACUGACCUAUCACUCAUUGUAUUUGAAGGACAGUUUUACCAUGAAAUGAUGCCUUUAUCAGCUUAACAGUUCUAAUGUUUCUGAUUUCACAUUCUUGUUGCUGAGACGCAUAAGAAGCUGCAACAGGAGCAGAAGAAGGAAGAUUCCUUACACUUCAUAUCUCCAGUUCAAAGAAUCGUUUGGCUAACGAAACACAGCUAUCAUUUAACUACUGAAUUUGAAAACUUCAAGUUUCAGUAACAAUUUUUUUUUAAUUAACCCGAACAACAUGAUAAAUUUUCAUAUAAAGCUAAAGUUUCAGUUUAGUUUUUAAUAGUGAUUUAACGCCUUUUUGAAUUACUGGUUUAACCUAAAUUUUGAAAAAAAUAUAUUAAUACACAUGCCAUAAUCAAAAGUUUGAAAUGUCAUAUUUCUUGAAUAAUAGGGAGAACGUUAAUCACAUUUAGCAGAAAUUUUUACAUUUAAACCUGGAUAUUAAAAUAAGUAAAAUUAUUACUUUGAAUCACUGUCUGUCAAGGUUCAUGAUUCACAUUUUGGGAUGGAUUCUUUUCUUAAUGCAAUACCUAACUUUUGAUAAUUUUUUAAAAUUAAUAUUUGAUCAAAUAAUAUAAGUCAAAGUGCAGACGAUCCUUUAAAAGGACACGCUGUCUGUCUAUGUAGCAACAGCUCCAAAGUAUUUUUGGGCAGUUUGAUACCUUUUAUAUCUGAAGUAUACUUAAACAGAAAAGUGAAAAUUUAAAUUGACAAAAUGGUAUUUUUAAGACUUCAAAAUGAUAAAACAAUUUGUAAUAAAAUUGGCCUCAAACUAAUAAACUUAAAAUCUGUAAGCAAAUCAAAAUUAAAUAAUCAGUUUAACAACAAAAACUAAAUGUUUAUUUAUUAGAAGCUGCCUCUCUUCACUGGUGAUUUAUUUUUAAUUAUAAAAUUUCCAGCAGAUCUUAGCUUUAAAAGCCCUUGCUAUUUGAAAUAGUUGGAUGUUUGAUGAGGAAAUUCCACUUGCCUCUAGAAUUAUAAAAAUCUCAGCUUUAUAAAAUGCAUCUAUCUAUUCAUGAAGGUAAUUUCUCUAACUGGUGAUCAAAAUGUAAAACUUAAUACAGUAGUAAUAUCUCACUGGAGUGUAUACAUGUUUCUGAGUAAAUUUUUUUUUAAUAAAAUUUACGGAUUCAUAAGCAGACCCAUUCCUUUGCACGUGAUUGUUCUAACAUUCUCUCCCAGGGAGUUCAGAUUUCAGCAACCUCAGAAAUCUGUAUUUGGUUUUAGGAAACUAUAAAUGUCACAGCUGAAAAUUGUUGUGUUCACUGUUCUACAUGAACCUUACGGAAUAAUUAGUGAUUUAUGUCUUUGUUUUUCUUCUUCCAUGUAUGCAGGACUCCCCAACCUUGAUUUUAUAGUGAUGACUACAUUCUGUUCUUGGAAUGAUUUCUACAGGGAUUUUGAAACAGAUGAACACUUGCCAGUGCUGUUUCACUCUGAUUUAGUAAAUCAGAAACCCUGUACCCCACUUUCUCACACCUGCUUCUGAGAGAUACCUCGGAAUGUACUUAGUUUCUGUGGAGAACUGGGUUCUUGAUUAUGCACAGAGGCACUUAAACCUUGCCUCAUAUUUCUGGAAUAUCUGAAAAUGGUUUCAUAAAAGUUAAAGCAUGGAGUAUAUUGUUUAUGUGAGGCUUUUAAACUCAUUUUGAAUAAGUUUCUUUAAAAUUUUAAAAGCUCAUAACCGAUUUGGUUUUUAGUACAGCGUAAACAUUGACUUGUCUUUCUUAAAUUAGUCAUAUUUCUAAUAUUUGUUGAUGUUACAUUUGGGUUGAGGUUUUAGUGGGACUAGGAACUUGCUGCUAGUCAGAAGUGGCAUUGAAUACUAAAGACUCAAUAUGAACAGGCUUUAUUGACCCUUAGAGAAACUGAUGCCUUAAUGUCUGGUGCAAAAUACAGUGCAUAAGUGAAUUUUGUCUUAUACUGAGUAACUGAGCUUUUUUAGUUUAGUAAGAAUUGUGGAAGCCACAUGUUUAUUGUGCCCAGCAUUUUACCACAAAGAAAGAGGAUUGAAUUCUUUCGUCUUGGGAGGAAUUGGGAAUUUACAUCCUAAAUGCCUGCAUGUAUUUAGUACUAUUACUUAAGAGCUACUUAUGAAGCUGGAAGCCUUCUUAAAUGUAGUUGUAUAGAUGUAUUUUGGAAAACAUAAGCGCAGUGAAGGAUGAGCUUCCAUCAGUGUGUCAGAUACAGAUGGUUGCAAGGAAACCUGGUGUUCAGAAUAUUCUCUUAGUAACUGCUAAGUCCUAGCUUACAUUUUUGAUAAUGCCUUUCUGCAUGCUGGCUCCAGAGAUUUUUGUUUGUUCUUUCCUUUUUUAGCUACAGCUUCUUAACCAGAGCUGAUCAAAGAAGCCCUGUAGUCCCAAGCUGAAGCGUGUAACCUCAGCUGUUCAAAUGGGGCUGGGUGUGGUUGAGCAUCUAUUCUGUAUAAAUGUAGAACACAAACAGUUCCUGAUCAUGGAUUGAUUCAGAAGCUGGAUGUGCUGGCGCUUGAAGCAGCCACAAUGGAAUGCUGUGGGAAGUGUCUGCAUUUUAAGGAACACUGAGGCAUUAAGGACAGCUUUAAUAGCUUUUCGUUUACCACUUAAUCUUUGGCAACUUUGCUUUUAAUUAGGGCUUAGCUCAUGGUGGAAGAAAAGCUGAAAAUACCAAGUGCCAGUGUUGGAUUGAAGAAUCCAGAAUCACUUUUGGCUUUACGAGUAUGGAAGUGUGGCUUUGCUCAAGGCUCCAAAUGAACCAUAUGUCAAUACAUUCAUUGAAUUCUUACUCAUUUCAGGGUCGUGAAAAGGAAAUAAUGUAUACAUUGAUGCUGAAAUUCAGAAAAUAUAAAAGAUUUUUUUUAACUAUGGAAUUUCAUGCUGUCUGUUAUGAAGGAUGUAAGACCCUUGGGUUUCUGCUUCCUAAACCACACUGUUUGCCUUCAGUGUGGAAUUUGUAAAAACUACUUGUAACAUCAACAGGUUAUAGAAAUGUGUAUCAUUAAUAAAAUGCACCCACGUCUAA